AUGAGUUCAAAUAAUGGCUCAUGUUGUGGAUUAAUUUGUUUGAUACGUAUUGCAUUUGUUAUUAUGUUUCUUAUACUUAUUGUUAUGGUUCUACUAACUGGUGUUUAUUAUGGUGUUGAUCUUGUUGUUCAAGGUGCUUGUCGAAAGGUACAUGAUGAUCAACCUUUUCUAAUUAAUUUUGCUAUUGAUGAAUUAAUUGAAUUGAAUGUUAUGCCGGAUUAUAGUUCUGAAAUUAAUAGAACAGUAACUGAUGUGAUUAGUGAUUGUCGUAAUCAUAUACAUUUUAGUAAGAAAAUUUUUGAAAAUUAUUGGUCUACAUUAAAUGGUGAUGUUAAGAAUAUGAUGAAUACAUUAAGUGAAAAUAUAUAUAAUCAAUUUAUUAAAUCUAUUGGACAAAUUAAUAUUCCUGCAGAUAUUAAUUUAAUUGUACAAUUAGUUAAUCAAGCAAAUCGAUCAGAUAUUUCAGUUAGAGCUGAAGAAAUUAAUAAAAAUUUAAUGACAAUGAAUAAUUUAUUUCAAAAUAUCAGUAAUUCAAAUUCAACAUUGUCACCGAAUUUUGUACAAUCGACUAUUAGCGAAUUCGAAAAUUAUGUAAAAGAAGUACUUGAAUCAACUCUUGAUGGAUGUCCCUUACCAUUAGCUCUGAUUUAUAAAACAGAUACAUUGGUAUGUCAUACAUUGGGUGGUUCAUUAAAUGACAAAAAUGUUCUUUUGAAAAUAUGUGAAAAAAUCUUACCUCGAAUUCAUCAUCAAUUAAAGGAACUUAUUGUUGAACAAAAUUCAAUGGAACAUAUUCUUUUUACUGUUGAUUAUCCUCAACUUUGUUCAUUAUCACUUGUUAAUUUUCAAGAAGAAAUACUUUUUCAAUAUUUAACAGAUGAUUCAAUUCUUCAUCAUAUUCUUACUGAACAAAUUAUAGAUCUUAAUAUUGAUGUUUCAUAUCAGCCAGAAUCAGAAGAAUAUGAAACUCUAUCAAAUAUAUUUGUAUUGAUUUUAUCUAUGUGCCCACGAUUGAUUAAUUUGAAUUUUUGUCAAUUAUUUCCUGAUCGGAAGACUCCGAUUUGUAUUUAUAAGUUUCCAUCAACAAGUUGCAUAUCGUCGACUUUAACUAAAUUAAAAGUUAAUGUCGUCAAAUUUGAUGAUUGUCUUUAUCUUGUUCGACAUCUCAAAUAUUUAUCAACAUUGAUUAUUGAUGUGAAAGAAAUAUCAUUGUGUUUAUCAGAUAGAAAUAAUAAAGAAAAACUUCCCGAAUUGAAAUGUUUUUCAUUAACUUCAAUGGAGUUUGCAUCUCAUUAUAAUGAUCAAAUAAUUCCAUUACUUCGUCGAAUGAUAAAUCUUAAAGAAUUGACAUUAUUUUUGGCAGUACUAAAAAGAUACUCGACUUAUAUUGAUGGUAUUCAAUUACAUGAUCAAAUUCUUACUUAUAUGCCACAAUUGGACAAAUUUACGUUCAGUAUAAACACACUUGUUGUUAACGGAAGGAUUAAAAUUGAUCUGCCAUCGAAUGAAGAUGUUCAACAUAGUUUCAUUGGAAAAGGUUACGAACAAGUUGGUUCUUACGUUCAUAUUAGAUUAGAAGACAAUAUAGGCAUGUCACAUGUCUAUUCACUUCCAUAUCAAUUUCAAUAUUUUCUUCAUCUUAACAAUUCUUUUCAAGGUCAUAUGUUUGAUACAGUUCGACGCUUAACAAUGAGUGAUGGACGUCCUUUUGAAUAUAACUUAUUCAUACUUAUUCCUCAAUGUUUUCCUCUUCUCAAAGAAUUAUAUGUUAUUAAUUAUCAACCACAAAAAAAUAAGCAACAUUCAUCUAUAUUGAUUAUAUUUUCUCAUCUUAUUCUUCUCAAUUUGGUUGAAACACAUGCGGAUUAUGCUGAACAACUUCUCUUCGAUAAGAAUACACAUUUGCCUUGUUUGUUAGACCUAUGCAUCGAGUACAAAUCACUCGCAAUGAUAACAAAUAAUUUUACCAAUAAUCCGAUACGUCGCAAUUGUGCUAAAAUAAAAAAACUUGAUGUAGACACGUUGUUACGGCCAAAAAAUUUUCAUGAAUAUAUUCCAUUAUUAUAA